CUGAGAAGCCCCCCUACUCCUACGUGGCCUUGAUCUCCAUGGCCAUCCGUGAGAGCUCAGAGAAGAAGCUGACCCUCAGUGGCAUCUACCAGUUCAUCAUGUCCAGAUUCCCUUACUACGAGAAGAACAAGAAGGGCUGGCAGAACAGCAUCCGCCACAACCUCAGCCUCAACGAGUGCUUCGUCAAGGUGCCCAGGGAUGGAGGUGCAGCAGCAGGUGGAGGAGGUGUUGUUGGAGGUGUUGGAGGAGGUCCUGAGGGCGCAGGAGGGGACAGGAAAGGCAACUACUGGACCCUGGAUCCAGCCUUCGAGGACAUGUUCGAGCAGGGCAACUACAGGCGCAGGAGGAGGGUGAAGAGAAGCGCGCAUCAUCAUCCUCCUUUAUCUCCAGCAGCAGCAGCUGCAGCAUCAUCCCCCUGCUGGGCUCGAGAGACGCGCGCGCUCCCGCUUACGCUCUACGACCUGCAGCCCUACCACCACCAAGUGCAACAGCAGCAGCAGCAUCACCAGCAGGAGAACCACCAGCAGCAGCUUGGGAGCAGCCGCGCGGACUCUCCUGUCUGUUAUUACCCCACCGGAGCACCCCUCUACCCAUUUUACCCCGUGCACUCUCUGCACACUCUCCACGCGCCCUACGCGCACUACCAGCGCCACCAGUGCGCACCCCUGCCCGACAGCGCCCCCCACCUGCAGUACGAGGCCUACAGCCUGGAGCAGUCCUACCAGUGAAUGCGGGGACAGUAAGACUUAAUAAAUCAGAUUUGGAGAGGUUGUGGACUUGCAUCAGGUCAGUAAUGUGGAAACAAUUCAUUUGUAUUUGAUUUUCACUUAUUUAAGGUGGAAAUAUUGUAUGACUUUUAAGGUUAGAUUCAACAAAAAUGAAAGUUUCUCUUUUGUCCCAAACCACUUUUGGUUUCUGAUAUUUGCUUGGUCUUAGGGUUUGCAGUGAAGGCAUCAGACUAAAAUAUGACAGCAUUCAUUAGCACCUUACUUUAUAGCCUCAGUAGCCUUAAACAUAAAAAAAAAUCACAUUUCAGACACCAAACCUGUCCUGCUAGAUCAGCUACAUUUAGGACAGAGUGUGACAGGGUACUAUAAUAAGUAAUAAUACAAAUAUAUACAUAUAAAUACGUAAUAUUUAAAAAGAUUUAGACAUGUUUUUGGAGGGGUAGAACACUUCAAUAGGUCAAUAAUGUGGAAACAUAUUCAUUCUCAUUGAUCUAAAUUCAUUUAAGGUGGAAAUGUGGAAAUAUUGUGUGGCUUUAAAGGGAAGAUUCUGUCUAGUUUGCAGUAAAUGCAUCAGACUAAAAUAUGAAAGCAUUCAUUAGCAGCUUACUUUAUAGCCUCAGCAGCCUUUUACAUAAAGAAAAUCAAAUUUCAGACACCAAACAUGUCCUGCUAGAUCAGCUACAAUUAGGGUAGGGUUUAGGAGGGUAACUGGCUACUAUAAUAAGUAAUCAUAAGUAAUAAAUAAUAUUGAAAAAAUAAUAGAUAUGUUUUUGGAGGGUUAUACAACUUGUAAGAGGUCAAUAAUGUGGAAACAGGUUAAUUCUCAUUUAUCUCCAUUCAUUUAAGUGGGGCAGAUGGAAUUAUUUUGUGGCUUUAAAGGGAAGAUUCACCAAAAAUUAAAAUUCACCCAUUAAAAACUUGUCCUGAACCACUUUUGGUCUCUGAUAUUUGCUUAGUCUUUGGGUUUGCAGUGGAGGCAUUAAACUAAUGUAUUGUUAUGCAAUAAUCAUUACAACAUUUUGCCCUACAAUUGGAGCUAUUAGACUUAUGUGUUUAACAUUGAAAUAUUUUAUGUGAUCAUACAUGCAUUACUGUCCAGCCACAGUAACCUCAAAAAUGAACAAGCAGUGACACCAAACUUGUGACAUUGUGACAAUGUCUUACAGUCGUGAAUUUUAUUUUUUAAAUAGUAAUAAUAGUUCAUGAUAAAGUAGUUAAUGAUAAUGAUACAGAUAAAUUAACAAAAAUAAGUACCUUUUAGUUUGUAGAAAUUUGAUUUUGAUGCUAUAAUGCAUUUGUAGCUGAUCAAUAUUUUCACAAUCAAUAAAUACAAUCAGUGCUUUUAACAAUAAAGGUGCUACAAAGGGUUCUUUGAGCAACACUAUAGAAACAAAAAAAACUUUUAGCUCCUUAAAGAACCAACUAUGUAAAAUAAAUGUGCGAAGAAGCUUUUAUAUAAACUGAGCUCUUAACGGUUCUUCUAUAAUAUUACUUAAAUAACCAUUUGUGGCACCUUUAUUUUUAAACAUUUGUAAUUAGACAUAUGGAUUUUGUUCCAUUGUAAAUUAACCGAUUAUUAAUUAAAACUAAAAAAAGAGUUACACUUAAAUUGGCACAUUUUUUUUCUGACACAAACCCAGUCACAGAAUCAGUACCCUUU